GGCAACCCUGUUUAGAGCGGUUGAUUGACUCGGCUUGAUAGCUUGCCGCCUGCGCGAUUUCCUGGAGAUUUUCGCGCCUCAUCUAUUUUAUGUUUUACAUUGCAUGUGACAUUUCACUAUGGGUGCAUAUUUAUCAGAACCGGUUACUGAAAAAGUUUCCAGCGAUGAAUCAAAUAGUAAACUUGAGUGCGGGGCAAGCUCCAUGCAGGGAUGGCGUGUCAAUCAGGAGGAUGCACACAAUACAGUGUUAGAUUUCGAUGAACAUACAUCUCUAUUCGCUGUAUACGAUGGCCACGGGGGCGCGGAAGUGGCAACUUAUUGCUCCAAGAAUCUCCCGGACUAUAUUAAAAAUACUGAGGCAUACAAAAAUGGGGACAUGACAAAGGCACUGGAAGAUGCAUUCUUGGGAUUUGAUGCCAACAUUGCUACCAAAGAGGUUAUGGCUGUGUUGAAGGAAUUAGCAGGUGAGAUCAAUCCACCAGGACCCAGUGAUAAUGAGGAAUCUGAAGAUGAAAAUGUUAGCAACUUAUAUCAAGAAGCACAUCUUCCUCUACAGGAAGUGCUGGCUAAAUACGAGAACAAGUUGAGCUCCCUGCACCGCGCCCGGCUCGGCGACACCGCCACGCCGCUGUCCCCGUGUCUGCGCGCCAAGAAGAACCUUGACGAGGCUGGGGGAUCAGGUCUCGGAGCGUCGAGCUCUAGCGCCUCCGCCUCCGGCUCAAGCACUGCUGCAGAGGAAGGCCCGUCAUGCUCCAACCCUGAAGAAGCCAAACCUGAUGAGGACACCGGAGGCGUGUCCUCGACGAACUCGAAUGACCAAGAUAAAGACGUCAAUGGAGAGGUUUCCACAAGUGACUCAGCAAAAGAGUCCAUGGAGGUAGACAAAUCCACAGCCCCUGACAGCUCUGCCGACAACUGCACACAGCCCAACCAGAGCGAGGACGCCAAGGCCAGCAACGGCGCUGACGUCUGCAACGGAGAGGUCCCGGAUUCCAAGCAGGGCGAUGGGGAGGAGAGUAAUAUUACGUCUUCGAAUGGAUCCACGUCGCCGCAGAAGGGGAAGAAUAAAGCCAAACUGUCACCUGUUUCAAGCACAGACAAAGUCCCCGAGAGGCCUAAGAAGGCCAAGCUCCGCCGCGCCGCCGCCGCAGUCUACGAGAGCCUUAUGCGGCAGGCCGCGGAGGAAGAAGAUGAUGAGAGCGACUCCAAUGAUGAAACCUUUGAGGGUGGGGAGAUCAACUCUUCUGAUGAAGAGAAUGUCAAUGGUGUUGAGGAUUCUUCUAAUGAAGGCGAAGAGGAGGAAGAGGACGAGGAGGAUUACGACGCAGAAUCCAGUGACGAUGAUGUUGAGGAGGACCUCUCCAUGACCGAGGAGCCCGGCAACGACAGCGGCUGCACUGCUGUGGUGGCCUUACUCAAAGGUAAUGAGCUAUACGUCGCGAACGCCGGAGACUCCCGCUGCAUCAUAUGCCGAGAAGGCAAAGCUAUCGACAUGUCCAUAGACCACAAACCCGAAGACGCUCCCGAACUGGAGCGAAUCACAAAAGCAGGCGGCAAAGUCUCCAACGACGGACGCAUCAACGGGGGCCUCAACCUCUCCAGAGCCAUCGGCGACCACUCCUACAAGCAGAACAAGGAAUUGGACGCCAAAGAGCAAAUGAUCACGGCUCUGCCAGACGUCAAAACGUUAACCAUCGACCCCAUCAAGGAUCAGUUCAUGGUUCUGGCUUGCGACGGAAUAUGGAACUUCAUGUCUAGUCAAGAUGUAUGCGAUUUCAUUCUGCCGAGGUUGGCGGAAGGGAGGGAGCGGUUAUCUCAAAUUUGUGAGGAGAUGUUCGAUCACUGCCUGGCGCCGGGCACGAUGGGCGACGGCACGGGCUGCGACAACAUGACGGCCAUCAUCGUGCGCUUCAAGGACGGCCUCGUCGCCGACGUGGCUCAGGCCGAGGGCCGCAAGCGCUCCGCCGACGCCGACGACCAGCCCGACUCCAAGCGGCAGAAGACCGAAGACGACAGCUCGCAAGUGACGUCCAGUGUGUAAGACUGUGUUCGCUACACAUAGUAUUGUGAUAUUGUUUGAUUGAGACUGUAAUGUGAAGGAAUGCCUUUUGAAAGGCGUGUUGCUAUUUAAUUUCUUAUGUUUAAAUGAUCUUAGUCUUCUCGUGGUCAGUUCAAUCAUUUUUUCUUUUGGAUUAUUCAGUUGUCUGUUUCCCAAAAUAUCUGCUCCAGGGUAACAUUUUCCCAGAUCGUCCUUCCAUAAAUUUCAUCUAGAAAUCCAUAUUUUUUUGCAACAUGUUUUCCAAAUAACCUGUUCUCUUGACAUCCUUACGCUUUUUAUUCUGAUCAUUAUCUGAAUCACCCAUUCCCAAAAUAUCAUGUUGCUAAAAGACCCAAUAUAAUAAGUUUUCACAUUGCGGGUCCUGAUAGACGCCAGACGACCACUAAAGUGAUAUAACUGUUUCCUAAAAUGGUAAUGGUUUGGUAAUGAGGGUUUCUUAGUAAAAUUAUUUUUUGGGAAAACUGUCUGGGAAACGAAGUAGAAGAAGGAUUUUUCAAGAAAACGAUAAUGUCGUCACUUAAGAUCGGGAACCAGUGUUGACCGAACGUUAAUUGCAAUUGACCAUUAACCAUUACAAAUUGAACCGUAAACGGUAACGGACGGUUACAGUUGAAGGUUCAAUUUGUACUGGUUUAUGGUUAAGAAUAUUCAAUUGCAUUAACGUUUCGGCCAACACUGUCGGGAACAGUUAUAGUGGGAAACUGAUAGCUCGAUCCAGGUAAUUUUUAUUUACAUGCUCCCUCUGAAUGUAAGUAGUGAAGUUUUCAUCCGGUGCUUGUUAUGGGAUUAAAGUAAGCAAAAAGUGUCAAUUUUCCUUUUUUUUCGUAAUAUUCCGUUUUCAUUGUAAUUUUAAAUAAGAGGGAGUGAAUUGAGAUCUUUAUUUGCAUCUUUUUGACAAUUGCAAGUAGCUUGUAAGCAGCUAAUGUAAGUUAAAAUAGUGAUUCAAUCUACGAUUUAACAUUUAUAUUCAUUUUCGGAUGAAUAUUACGUACAUAUUUUUUUCACAAGGAUUAUGUGGUCGCUAGUGGAGGCAAGUUUUUUAAUGUUAUAGACAUUUUAAUGGUAAUUUAAAUAGAUUGACGUGAGCAGGAACUUUCCUUAUAAUGUAUGUAUUAAAAAUGUAAAUGACCAUGCUGAUCGUAAGCAUGUGAAGUAUUGUUAGAAGAAACUAAAUUAUGUUCAUGUUUUGGUGUUUGGAUAAUAAAUUGUGGAUUGGAAUGAAAUGUUGAUUGAAAUCAAUCGUAAUCUAAUUCAAUUGCCUUUGUUAAUUGCUUUAUAUAAUAAGUAGUAUAUUUUUGUAAUCACAGGUGUUUAUAAACAACAUUUAGGCACUAUGUAAGGUUAGUUGGUGUACGAUUUAUUCCAUACAAUGUAUAAUUAAAAUGUUCUGCCUCAAUUCAUUUGAAUAGCCUGGUGUUUGGCUUGACUGACUGAAUUACUGUUUGAUAAUCAUGGGUUAAUUUUCAAUCAAAUACAUCGUACCAGGAAAGACUGUUUAAUUAAUUUAUGAAGCUGGAUUAUUAUAUACUUACGUUCAUAACCCCAUUUAUACUACAUUAAUAACAUUCACGUGUGUUUCGAAGAAAAUACAUUUUUACAGACUG